GAGGCGGUUGUCCUCUUCGCCGCCGCCCGAUCCCUUCAUUCUAGAAAGGAUAGCCCCAGUCGAGCUGAUCGGUGGUUUGACGUCGUGAGGUAGAGAAGACAUGCCCGCCGAUGACAGCGGUGGCGACGCUGGGAAGAAGCUGUGUUGCAUCUCCCACGUCUUCUUCGAAGCUGCCUCCAAGAACUCUGCCCGCACUGCCGUUGUCCACGCCACCGGCGGCAUCCAACGGCGAGGGGAGGCCGUCGAGGGUUCAGCCGCUCUCUCCGUGGAGGAGGGUUCGUCCCUUCCGAUCUACCCCGGCGACGUGUGCUUUACCUGGGGUGACGUCUUAUCGGCGGUAGAAUCCUUGAGCCGUCGCAUCCGUUGGGUUCUCGAUGGAGGAGACGAUCCUGAUCUCGUUCGGCCUCAAGGGUAUUGUGGCUCAAAGCAGAUUGCCAUGGCAGAGGAUCCACUGACACUGGAUUUCCGAAUGCCACAAAUUGUGGGCAUUUGUAUUCCCCCUUCUGUGGAAUAUAUAGUUGCAGUCCUUGCAAUUCUUAGGUGUGGGGAGGCUUUCUUGCCAUUAGACCCUUCAUGGUCAGAAGAAAGGAUACUCUCAGUUAUUUCUUCUUCAAAAACUGGCCUUAUAAUCAAGUGUGCAUCAUUUUAUAGAACUCAGCAACUUGAGGCAAUUGAUUGGAUUGUGGAAAGGAGUAGUUGUUCAGUUUUGUAUGCAGAUAUGAAAAUGGAUUCUGAGAGGGAGCUUUGUUGGCCUGAUCUUAUUUGGCCUUGUGAGAGCAGAAGCCCGAGAAGAUUCUCUUAUUUGAUGUACACAUCUGGUUCAACUGGAAAAUCAAAAGGUGUCUGUGGUACAGAAGAAGGCCUUCUGAACCGAUUUCAGUGGAUGCAAGGAUUGAUUCCUCUAUGCAGCAAGGACAUAUUGUUGUUCAAGACAUCUACUAGCUUUAUUGACCAUCUACAGGAGUUUCUUGGGGCUAUUUUAACUUGCACAUUGCUCGUCAUUCCUCCAUUUAAUGAGUUUAAAGCUAAUCCAAUCUGUUUAGUCAAUCUUCUUAAGGCAUACUGUAUUUCAAGAUUGACAUGUGUCCCUUCUUUGAUGAGGCUGGUUCUUCCUAAAUUGAAGCAUUCUUAUAUCCGAGGUUGUAAUCCUCUGGUAGUAUUGAUCCUUAGUGGGGAGGUCUUAUCUAUAUCAUUGUGUCGAAGUCUGCUUGAAACUUUGCCAGAGACAACGAUUCUCAAUCUCUAUGGAAGUACAGAGGUAUCAGGUGACUGCACAUAUUUUGAUUGCAAAAAUUUAGCAAGUGUUUUGGAAACUGAAUCACUAAGCAGUGUGCCUAUUGGAAUUGCUAUCUCAAAUUGUGAUAUCAUUCUUGGUGAAUUCGACAACCCCGAUGAGGGCGAAAUCUUUGUUUCUGGGCCAUGCUUGUUUGCAGGAUACCUUGAUGAACACUUAAAUGACAAUCCUAAGGGUAACAGUAGUGGGUUACAAUUCAGGACUGGUGACUUUGCAAAACGUCUACAAAGUGGAGAUCUUGUUUUUCUAGGAAGAAAUGACCGCACUGUAAAAAUCAAUGGGCAACGGGUUGCUAUGGAGGAGAUUGAGAGUAUGCUAAAGGAACAUCCUGAAGUAAGUGAUGCUGCUGUAACUUUUCAUGGAACAGAUGGAGUAUCAACCCACCUAGAGGCAUACUUUGUAAUGAAAACUUCCGAGGAUCUUCAGAAAGAAAAUAAACACUCUUCAGAUGAGCAGCAUUUGAUUGAAAACCUGAUCACAUCUAUCCGUAGUUGGUUGGUCAAGAAACUUCCACCAGUAAUGAUCCCAAGUUAUUAUUUCUGUAUGAGAUCAUUGCCGACCUUGGCCUCUGGGAAAAUUGAUUAUCUCAAGCUUUCAAGUUCAGUAUGUAUGCCAAAGCAGCGUAGAAGUCAUUUUGAAAUGAAUCAGACUUCUGAUAGUCUGUUGCAAAUUAUUAAAGAAGUAUUUUGUGAUGCAUUAUUGGUUCAAGAAGUUUCAGACUAUGAUGACUUCUUCUUGAUCGGUGGUAACUCCAUUUCUGCUGCCCAAGCUGCACAUAAGUUGGGGAUUGAUAUGAGAUUAAUUUAUAUGUUUCCUACUCCACUUAAGCUUCUAAAUGGUCUAAUAGAGAGGAAAGAAUUGCAUGAGAAUUUUAUUGGACCUGAUAAUGGGUUCAGGAAAAGAUCAAAAGUUUAUGGUAAUGUGCCUGGUGCUCUUGAUUUAUCAACCGGAGAAGUGCAAAGAAGUUUUCCACCUGAAAGAUCAUCACAACCAUAUGUUGGUGUCCCGGUCCAUGAUCUCUCCAUAGAACAUAAUGUACAACAAUUGAUUAGUAACUCUGAGAAUAUUUACUUUAAGCAAGAAGUUUCUUUUCUGCGUCCAGAUUCACUUGGUGCAACUUCGAGUGAUCAUGGCCUGUGGCCUUCAAAAAGUAAUAGGCAUAAGAUGUCUGCGUUCGGUCGUUGUAAUAAAAUUAUGGAUGAACUUGAAUGUGACUUGGAUAACACAAAUAGAUUAUGGUUGUCAAUUAAGACUCCAAGGAGUAGAAAAGGGUCUUUGGAAGAGCUCUGGAAAAUCUUGCUCGAGUCAUGUGUUGAUGCUUCACCUUUGAUUGUGUUAAUGGAUGACAACUUACACCUUCUCAUUGGAUCUCACUCGCACAUAUUUCUUUGCAUUGAUGCACUCAGUGGAUCUAUACGAUGGGAAGUUAAGUUAGAAGGUCGUGUUGAGUGUUCGGCAGCAAUUACUGGUGAUUUUUCACAGGUUGUAGUUGGAUGCUAUAGAGGAAAAAUCUAUUUUCUUGAUUUUGUAACUGGGAACAUAUCUUGGUACUUUCAAACAGAUGGAGAGGUUAAGAUGCAGCCAAUUGUUGAUAAGACAAGAAACUUGAUAUGGUGUGGUUCUCAUGAUCAGUCUCUAUAUGCAUUGGACUACAAGGAACAUUGUUUAGUUUACAAAGUUUCUUGUGGUGGGAGCAUAUUUGGUUCGCCUUAUAUUGAUGUGGUACACAACAUGAUAUAUGUUGCAUCUACAAGUGGCCGUGUGACUGGCAUAUCUUUAGCGGUAGUACCAUUCAGUGUGACAUGGCUUUUUGAGGCAGGAGUGCCAAUAUUUGGAUCUCUGUCUAUGGACUCCAAAUGCAGAAAUGUUAUUUGUUGCAUGGUGGACGGUCAUGUGCUCGCAUUGAGUCCAGAAGGAGCUGUAGUUUGGAAGGCUGUUGUUGGUGGUCCAAUUUUUGCUGGAGCUUGCAUUUCCUCUGUUCUUGCAGGCCAGAUCUUGCUGAUCCUUGGCCUUCAUGACUUUGACAAAACCUGACACGUAUUGGUGCAUUACAGUGUACCACCAGCAAACCUUGCCAAUAAACUCGCACUGACAUGGUAAUAAUUAGUGAACAUGCUGUUUGGUUUUUGAAUUUUGAGUUUCUUGAUUGAUUUAACGGACUAUACGUUGUAGAACAGUUCAAAGAAAUUUUGGAUUGUCACAUCACUUGGUCGGUGAGUUUUGAGAUUUUCUUGUGGGCAUUCAUGUGGACAAAGAUGCAAUGUCAUCCCUGGAGCCUGUCCUCUCUGCUGUUACCUAUGUAACUAAUGUUUGUUAAAAGUGUUACGUAGAAAUCCAUUAUCUGACUCAUAUAAUGCUUAGAGAAGAAAAAAUACCAAUGAGAUUUGCUGAAGGAUUUCAUGAUCUGUUUAGUCUUGAACCUAGAUUUCCCUUACUUUCUAGUGCAAAAUAUAAGUAAAAAACAUAAGACACCAGCAAUAGAAAUUUUUGGUUGAUACAUUUAUAAUAGGUUUUUGUGCUCAUGUUUGGCUAUAUCAGCCUCGGAUUCUCUUGAUUGAGCUGCACUUACAUGUACCAGCCCUUAUCAGAUGGUAUGGGCAUGAUUUAAUUCAAAAACAGCUAACCAGGCUCAUAAGUACAUUAGUUUGGUUCACUUUAGCACAGGUUAUUGCUGGCUAUUAAGUACCAGUGUGUUAGUCUCUAGAUUGGGCACCCAUGUGAUUGCACAUGCUAUCCGCUCAAAACAACUAUCUUUAGAUUUGUAGCACUCAAAAGUGCCUAUCUCUUAUAGGUGGAUCUUGAAAAUUUGCAACAUUUGAGUAAUACGUAAUUACGCAUUAUGAAGGUAGAAUCAAAUAAGCUCAUGGAUCCAACAUAAUUCAUGAAUGAUCAACAUUAUUUCUAAAUUAAGUGAUCUACUACAUGCAUGUACCUGUACUGGUUUGUGAUUGUAUAUAAAUGUAGUUAUAAACAUAUGAUAUAGGUGCAUAGACUCAGCCUCGUGGGUCUUGUUUUCUUCUUAAGCUAUUUGUAAUUUUGUAUAGGCUCCCAUGUGUUCAAUUAUAACAACUUGCUUUGUGACGCCAUUUAUUUGCCAUAGUAGUAGUACACACUAACC